UCUGCGAGCACUCAAAUCACUUUCCCCUAUAAAGUCAAACACUUCGGCGACUUCUUCGACGAGGGAAAGCAUUUCCAUCACAUCCUCAAAGCCGGUGACGAUCCCAACGUUGUCCGCAACAAACCAUACGCCGAUCCCUACCUCUACUGUAUAUCGAUGUUUGAUCCGCCGCCUCAUCCCAAGCAAGUGCUCGUCUUCGAGGACUCGCCCACUGGACUCGAGUCGGCGCUGAGCGCCGGCUGUCAAGUAGUGAUGAUUCCCGACAAAAGCAAAUUUCCCGAUAAAACGCGAUUCGUUGGCGAAUCGACUCUUGUAAUCGAUUCGCUCGACGACUUUGAUCCACAAAUAUUCGGUUUACCAAAGUUUUAG